CCUGGGAGAGCGUGUGCGGUUGCAUGGUAACCCUGUUUGUGAUUGGACGGCGUGAUCGGGGGCCGGAAGGUGCCCGGGGCCCGGAAAGACAAGGAAAAAUGCUCUUUGGGUAUCGGCAAUGGCUUAGGGCGCGUUGCAGGGUAUUUGAGGACGAGAGAUGCUGAUGGAUAGCGAAUGGCCUCGUUCGAGUCCUAUGAUUCCAAGUACCUGUGUUCUCAAGGAAUCAAGCAUGUCCACUGGAAAACGAAUAGACGAAACUGUCUUUCCAGAAGAGUAACUGUUCUGUGAAGAAUUUUUUAAAAAACUACAAUGAGAACACUGUGACUUCAGUUUACUUUGACAUCUUUGGCCUGCUCAGAAAUGUUUUUCACAUUUUCAAGAAAAAACAUAUCCCAGAAAAUAAGUUUAUUGCUGCUGGUUUUUGGUUUUAUCUGGGGUAUAAUGUUACUGCGCUACACCUUUCAACAUCCAAGGCAACAGAACAGUGCUGAGCUGCGAGAACAAAUCCUGGACUUAAGUAAAAGAUAUGUCAGAGCACUGGCAGAAGAAAACAAGAAUAUAAUUAAUGGUGGUAACGGAGCUGCAAUGGCAGGCUAUGCUGAUCUCAAAAGAACAAUUGCAGUUCUUCUAGAUGACAUCUUGCAGCGCUUAGUAAAACUGGAAAACAAGGUUGACUAUAUUGUUGUAAAUGGUUCGACAACAAAUACCACAAAUGGAAACUUGAUGCCAGCAACUACAAGCAAACGGGUAAAUGUGGCAAGCAACGUAAGAUAGCAUACAAAAUCACUGUGUGCCAUUGGUUUAAUCCUGUUCAAAAUUCAUUUUGUGCAGCUGUAUUGGCCAUAGAUUUAGUUCUGUCUAAAAUCACUGUGUCCAGCUGUAUUUGCCAUUGAUUUAGUUCUACUACAGUUGGGAAAAGAAACACUUGGCUCAUGAAAGUCUCCAUCCUGUUUCAACAGGGAAUACUAAAUUCAAUUCUAAUUUUUUUUAAAGCUCUAGAAACCUUCCUGUUAGGUAAGAUAAAAGUCAUAAAGUAAUGCUGUAUAAUGUCUUAUUUAAAGAAUUGCUGGAAACAUAGCUAGCGUAGAAAGAUAAAUGGAUAAUGUGUAAACGGAGAUUUUAUGGAAUGAUUAUGGAGAAGGAUGUAGAUUUAAUAUUUAAAUAUAAAUCUAACAUAUCUUUUGACUAAGUGAUAAAAUAGGCUUAAUUUUUUGUGGUUUGGUUAUUAAUGCAUACUGAUGAAGGAUAAUGUCUCUGUUAAGAUGAAUGCUGGGAAGAAACUGUACCUAAGAUACUUUUAACAUCAUAAUUGGCUGAUUGUAAAAAAUCAAGGUAACAUCGUGGAUGACAUCUUAAAAUGGCUAUCCAAAGAAUUAUUUGCACUAUUGUGAAAUAGAGAGAGAAUGUAUCAAAAUACUGUUUAUAUUUAUGCAAGUAGCAACAUGCUAAAGUACAUAGUUACUAAAGGAUAGAGCAGUUAGAUAAAACUUAAUCUGUGAUGGUACAUAGCUGUCUAAAAAUAUUUAAAUCUGUUUAGUAACUGAAGAUAAAAUAAGUGAUAGAAGUCACAUCAGAUAUUGAACACAGCUAGCUUCUUAUUCAUUGAUGUUUUUUGUGACUAUAUAAGUACUUUGCAGCCUAUAAUAUACAUCACACACCUCUAAAGCUAUUUUAAGAGGAAGAGGUGGACUGAGAUGAAGGGAAGCAUGGCAUCUUGAUGAUUACUAAAGAGGUGUACUAAAAGGGUGUGAUCUGGCAGGCAGUGCUGCUGUGCCAUUGUCCAGUGGACUUGUACCCAAGCAUUUCAUGAUGGACUUGAAAACAAAUAGGAGUAAAGGGGAAUGCUGCCUUAUAUCCAUGUUAGCCUUACAGCAGCAAAUUGCAGUGAGGGUGCACUAUAUUCCAUAGUGUGCUUUCUGUAUCAUAUUCUGAAAAGUGCCAGUCUGAGUUUUUGCAUUAUUUUAUUAUGGAAUGAUUUCUAAAUGGUUUAUUCCAGUAUUUUUGCUUAAAAUAUGCUGUGUAGUUUUCGAAGAACUGAUUCAAAGGAAGAACAAGUUGUGUGGUGCUAGAUGAUAUAUUGUCCCAAAUGCCUAUCCCUGCAGAUGACUAUAAAAGGUGGAUUUAAUUAAUUAAAAAUAAAGUAAAAUAUAAGGUCAAA